CUGCGCAGCGCAAUUCUGCUCGGGAUUUCAGGUGUUUGCAUUAACCGUCGGGCGAGCGCUGAUUUAAUGACUCCUGAUGGAGCUGCAGUUCCGGGGAAUUUUGCCACCGAAUGGGUUGGCUGCUGCUGCUCAUGGCCAAGCCAACGGCCAUCUGAUAAGUCCCCAGGGCCCCGGCAGUAGCGACAUUCGGAACAACGCAGGUUUUCCCCGGCCGGUGACGGGUUACGAUUUCUCAAGCAGGAAUUCGGAGCCUUGCGAAAUGGAGAAGAUUCCGCCAAUGACUGGUGGUAGUACUUGUGCUACUACGGGGAAGCGCCGGGGUGGUAGUCGGAAGGCUUGUAAUGAGUGUAAACAGCAAAAGCUACGAUGUGACAUUGUUCAGACCCCGGCCGCAGCGUGCUCACGCUGCCGGCGACUCCAGAUAGAAUGCAAAGUUGAGCCUACUUUUAAACGCAUCUCAAAGCGCAGGCGAAAUGCUGAGAUGGAAAGGGAGAUCGCUGAUCUCCGUCGACGACUGGCUACCAACAGUGACCAUCCCCAGGCUGUGGAAGCAAAUGUAAGCGAUGACAUGUCCCAGUGCUCUGAGGAUGUGCUCUGUGGUCCUGAUUCGGCGGUUUCUAACCGAACACGACCUAUAUCUGCGCCUCUGGAACCUCAGCCUCUGGCGACUCCAUUGACUAUGCACCGGGAUGAAUCUAUCAUUUCGCAGGAAGAUAGUCUCUGGAAAUUGGAAGAUGUCUCGCUAUCGAGGAGCAGAGUAGCUCGGUUAUUUGAACAAUUCUUUAAGUAUUAUCAUCCAUUCCUUCCUCUACUGGAUCGUCAUAAAGGACCAGAGGAACAUCUUCAUCGCUCGUCAUUGUUGGCAUGGGCCAUUAUCUGCGUGGCGAGCCGACGGGCACCAUCUGAGCCAGGCCUUUUGAGUUCCCUCUCUGGGCCCUUCAGUCGGCUCCUUUGGUCAACUAUCACGGGUGUGCCUCAGGAUUACCAUGUGGUUAAGGCAUUGUGUAUUCUUUGCACUUGGCCUCUUCCUACGACUAGCCAGAGGACCGACGCUACAUUUAUGCUCAGUGGGUUGAUGAUGCAGAUCGCCAUGCAACUGGGAUUGCAUCGUCCCGUUCAAGCGGAGGAAUUCACCACCUUCCGCAUGGAAGUCCAGGGUGAAGCAAUGAAGGAUAGAUUGCAGACGUGGGUCAUCUGUAACAUUGUUGCUCAGAACGUUGCCACUGGCUAUGGACAGCCACCUGGCACUAUCUACGAUUGGGCAUUGGAGCCAACAUCUCUUAAAGAUGCUGAUUAUCACCCUCCAGAAGACCUUCGAACUCGAUUACGGAUUGAAAAGUUCUGUGACCGGGUGACUAAGGCUCUCUACAGCAGCAAGCCUGAACCUGCAGAGUUCAUCAGCUCCGAGAAGUUGUUAAUCGUCCAACUCUUGGAGAGUGAGCUCAAAGACAUGGAAGUGGACUUUGGUCGAAACAUUUCACAUAUCAACAUGAUUCAUUUACGAGCUGCAGAAUUGCAUCUGCGAUACUUUGUAUUUCUAGGAUCCAACGCACGAAGCGAUGAUUUGACGAAACUUUUCAUUGCUACGACGUCUUUCCUUGGACGAGUCCUCGACCUCGAAACCUCGCCUGGAGAGCUAAUCGGCCACGCCACGAACUACAUCCUUCAAAUGAUUGUCUCCGCUGCCUUUGCGCUCAUGAAACUGCUGAAGAGCGACUUCAGUCGACACAUCGAUUUCAACCAUGGAAAGCUACUAUUCAACGGAGCGAUAUCGGCAAUUCGCCGGAUCAGUGUAAUGGAGCACGAUCGGCCCGUGCGUCUUGCAGACAUCUUGGCCCAGAUGUGGAAUGCGGGUAAUUCCGAGGCGGAAGCGGGUGAGGAUGGUCUACAACUUAAGGUCCGGUGUCGGAUGAGCAUGAGCCACGUUUAUGACACGGUUUGGCGCUGGAGACAGCGGUUCCGCCCUAUGAGGAGCAUUGAAGAUCAAGCGAUGGCCAACCCUAACAUGUCGACGGCGGCAGGCCCCCUUUCUCGACAGCAGGAUAAUUCGCUUGAUGACCCGAGCUUGAUAUACCCCGGCAAUUUCGACGGGGGUUUUAUGAGCGAGGCGGGCUUUUCGGAGGUUUUCGAUUCUCUCAACUGGGUCUUUGAUGGGAUCCCUGAUUCUCUUGUUGCCCCUCCGGUUAUGUAAUGGGGUGUUCGACCGGAGCAUCUGCAGGAUUGGGAUAUAGGCUUGUAUAGGUUUACAAAAGAGGGGGG